GUGGAGUGCCAUUCAAUCUUCUGGUGAUGGGUUGGUAUGAGCAAGUGCUGCGGGGGGGUGAAUUUGGAAGGACUACUGAUCUCAAGAGGUUGAGUCUAGAGCAAGGCACGGAGCUGGGCAGCGAAGUCGACAGAAUUCUCCAUUCUUCUUCGGUUGUUUGGUUUCGGUUUAGACAGUUCGGGGAAGAUUUAGAUGUGUGUAUUCGACACCAGGUGUGAAUGGCAAACAGACGCGAUAGGAACACAGGAAGUAGGAUUGACUACGAAAUUCAUGCUUCGAAUUCGACUCUCUCGGAAUACGGCAGCGGAAAUUCUCCACUAAAUGAGUGAGGUGAAGCAACCAGUGGGGAUCAUGACGCGGUCGUUUGCGGCAGGGAACAAGUGACAUCGACGGAACGCAGGGCGCCGUGUGCGGGCCAAUUGGAGCUGAAAAGGAUUGCAUCGAAGAAGUCGAAGUCCGAUGAGGCUUGGAUUUUGUCGGCGGGGAAGGAUUUCCAUAAAGAAUUUAUUAGUGUAGUGGUGCACUAGCAGUGGUUUUUUGGUUGCUGGUGCUGGGUUGUAGGAAUGGCGAGCCCAGGUGGAUUCGAUUCUCUCGGUGGAGGGAGAGGUCCAUCUCCGUUUAACGCCAACGAGACCGCGAGGUUUAAUCCGACUAUGGCCGUGGUCAUCAUCGUCCUCAUCGGGGGCUGUUUCAUUCUCGGCUUCAUCUCGGUGUUCAUCCGCAAAUGUAUGACGGACGGGAAUGCGGUGACUCCCGCAGAGAGAUCACGUAUCUUGAGCAUGAAGACACGCGGUCUCGACAAGGCGGCUGUGGAUGCGCUGCCAAUUGUCCACUUCAAGGAUUUAGACGAGAAAAAUGACCGGGAGUGUCCAGUUUGCCUGACAGAUUUCGAGCUUGAGGAUAAUUUGCGCCUGUUGCCCGUUUGCAAGCACAUCUUUCAUCAAGAAUGCAUUGAUAUGUGGUUUGAUUCGCACUCGACAUGCCCUUUGUGCCGCGCCAGCUUGACAGGCCAGCUCGGGGUUGUUGAGGAUUCAAACGACGGGCAAGUGUCGUCGAUGGAGCCCGUGGAGAUUGUUGUCGAGGAGUCAGGAAACGAGGACGGCAACAGUGAAUUGCAACCCGUCGGUGACGAGCCCGAGGAAGAUGCUCGCCGAGAAUCUUCAGUGGGAGCGAUGAUAUCACGAGAAAACGUCAGGAGCAGUGCACGCGGAGCCCUAUCUCGGAACUCGCAGUCGUUCAAACGUGCGGCGCGAGGCGUUGUAGCAUUAGAGAGGGCAGAGUCGUUUGGAGCCGCGGGAGGGCAAUUGUCUGCGAAAAAACCAUCGUUGGAGCAACCGACAACGCCGAGCUUUCGCCGAUCGUCCUCUCCGGAACCCGACCUAAUAGCUUUGCGAAACAUGCUCACGGGGGGCGGAACUUCGGCCUCGCAUCGAUUGAAUGCCGCUCGGCCUGCUGGGCCCAGCUCCGACGUACUCAGAGGCUCAUGGUUUACACGCACUAGAAGCGUGGGCUCAGUACCAACAACGGACCACUCUCUCUUGAACGGAUACCCGACUUCUUCCGCAACUUCCCGGGAGGAGUUUGUCGCAAUUGCCUUGGGAAACAGAAAAUCUUCCGAUGGAUCCAGCAACGCUGUGGGCGAAACCUCAAGCCCCGCACCACCAACACCACAGCGGUCCUGGUCUGACAGAUGGAGUUUGGCAGGUCUACGAGGCGCCAUGUUCCCCCGCAGCAUGUCAACCUCGGAUGUCUCAUCGCGCACUAAUCUGUAUCCGCAGGUCUAAUGUGAGAUUUUUGCAAGCGGUUGAUUACAUCGACAACACGCGAAUCACUCAACCAGGAGGAGACUCAUCAUCGCAGUUUUCCUGAUGUCCAACGAAGUGUAAAACUCUCUCUUUAGUUCAAGCCAGUUCGGCCAGAUUUGUACAGAGUAGAUAGCUAGUUUUUAUGCAUAACCUCUCCGUUUUUGUUUUUGUUUUGUUUUGUUUGUUUUUUUUUCUUUUUCUUUUUCCACUCAUUUGUGUAGGAUGAUUGAUUCUUGUCUCGUAGAUGUAGAGGACGAAGAGUGUGCAGCAUCAUGGUGACCUUGUCUUGCAGCGGAUGUAGAUAUUCAAGAGACUCUAGGUAAUGCGGAGGAUUGAUUGUUUUUUUUUUUUUUUGAAGGAGCUUGCAAUUUUGCAUUGCAGAAUAUUAGUGUCAAGGUGGGUUACAGGAUUUUCAUGCAUCUUUGUUUUUCUUGUGGUAAGAAGUUCUCACAAUUGGAUGUUGUGGAGGAUGAUUUUUCUUUUUUUCUUUUUAUCUUUUUUUGAAGUGUAACGUCUGUCUAUGUACAGAGAAGUAAUAAGAACAGUUUUGUGGUAUGGGCUACGUGGAGAUUCAAUGGUGUAAGGUUUGAUCAAUGGGGUGUUUUUGUUUGUUUGAAGGAGCACAAGAUAUUUUGGCUCAAUUGCUAUAUCUACCAUGUGUUUCAAACAUAAUGUAUUGUACAAAUCAAUUCUGUUUCAACAAUCUUACAAAAGGUGCAAUUUUCCUUGA